UUAUCAGAUAAGAUGAUCCGCAACACGACGUGUCUUCACGGCAGUCGCCUGUGGACAACUGAACAUGCACUGCAGGAUGGAGCUGGUAUGACUGUGCAGUCCGAUUGUGCGGCACAUACUGCAGUACUUAAGGUAGAAUGCCCCGCGAGUUUUGAGAGCAGUAUCGAGCGAACAUCGUCCGAUCCACCAUGUCCUCUAUCAGCUCAUUGCAUGUCGUCGUUGUCGCCUACGGAAGCUGGGGACAUGUCCGCCCGCUGUGUGCACUGGCCGCCAGGCUCGUCAAACUGCGCAACCUCGACAUCACCUUCCUCAUCGCUCACAACAAUUACGACAAGGUAGCGGAUGAAAUUUCAAAGAAUUUCGACGAUGCGGACGACACGUUGCAGGCCCGCAUUAGAAUCGGUGCUCUUCAUGCUCAUGAGCACAAUCCAUAUGACUACGAAAUUAUCGGCCAAUCAUUCGACACAGAGUAUCAGAAGCUAUCGCGUGGGGAAACCAUGUUCUGCUAUCAUGCGCAGAAGGGGAUCCCUGCGUUGGCACCACCUCAGGCUUUGAUCUUAGAUAUCAUGGGGUAUACUCUUAUGCAGAUUGCGCGCAAGCAGAACAGCUCUGUCAAAAUCCUAUGCGCAGGGCCCGCAUCUGUGUUGAGCACGUAUAUGCUAAGCGGCCUGUCGGAAGCUGAGUCGGGCACGAAAAGUCCGCUGGAGCGAAAAAUAGAAGAAUACAUGCAGAAGACUGGCGCUUCUCUCGAGGACGCUGCUGAAGGAGUAUAUAACAUACCCAGCAGUAAGAUCAUCCAAGCACCUGGUCUUCCUCCGAUGUACCACUACGAGAACAGUCCUCAGGAGCUUAUACAGCCUAUCACGAAGGUUCCAAUCGGCCGCAUCCACCUCCUCGCCGACAAAAUGCUCCGCGAGUGCGACGGAUAUAUUUCAUCCUCAUUGGCAUGUGUCGAACCCCAAGAGGUCGUGCAAGCCUUCUAUCAAUUCUUUGGCAUUACGUCAAGGAAGACUUACCUUCUUGGCCCUUUGCUUCCGAUGACCAAGAGGUCAGAGGCGGCCGAUGCCAAGCAGGCUGCAAAAUCACCCGAGAUCACGGAUUUCUUACAGAACACUCUGCAGGCUCGCGGAGAGCGGUCUCUGAUCUUCAUCUCCUUCGGAACCUUGAUCUGGACCACGCAGCCGGAGAAGGUGUGGACGUUCCUCGACGUCCUAGUGGAAAAGAAGAUACCCUUCAUUAUGUCUCAUGCAUCCCCGUUCUCCCAAGUCCCGGAUGAAAUUCAGGCGAAAGUGAAGGCCUCUGGGACGGGUCUCAUAGUCCCGUGGGCUCCCCAGCAGGCCAUUCUCGAGCAUCCGGUUACUGGGUGGUUCCUCACACAUGGGGGGUUCAACAGCAUCGUCGAGUCCAUCUACGCAGGCGUUCCGAUGAUCUGCUGGCCCUUCUCUGCGGAUCAGCCUCUGAACACGUUGCACCUGACAGAGAACCUGAACGUCGCAUACGAGUUGCUCGAGGUGCGGACCGGAGACGGUCUUAAACCAAUCUACCGCACUGGCAAGGCCCCGACCGGCACGCUCGAGGCCGUCCGCACGGAAGCAGGUUCGGUGCUCGAGAAGGCUUUCGGCGAGGACGGUGACAGGAAGCGGGCAAACAUUCGCAAGCUCAGAGAGGCUUCAUUCGAGCUGUGGAAGCCCGGUGGUGCUGCGUGGGUCGCUGGUGGACAGCUUUUGGACUCACUUCAGUGGAAAGCUUGAUCGUCGUUGAAGAAUACAAAUUCUGCUGUGUAGAAGAGGCACAUAUCUCCCGGAUGUACACAUAAAUACGAUGCCACUCCAUCGUUCACAUUUGGUCUUCGCUCG